AUGGCGACCGCGCGACGUCAUCAUCAGCGCGACGACGGCGGCGGCGGCGGCGGCGGCGGCCACGGCGACGCGUCGAUCGCGCGCAGGGUCGUGAUCCACCUCGACCUGGACUGCUUCUACGCGCAGGUCGAGGCGCGGCGAUUGGGCGUCGACGGGACCUCCAUCCCGAUGGCCGUGCAGCAGUGGAGCGGGCUCAUCGCGGUGAACUACCCCGCGCGCGCGUGCGGCGUGAAGCGGCAUCACACCGUCGCGGAGGCGAAGAAGCUGUGCCCCGAAAUCGUGCUCGUGCACGUGGAGACGUUGGGGAGGGACGGCGACGACGGCGGCGACGACGACGACGACGACGGCGACGGCGACGACGCGCGCGACGACGGCGACGACGACGACGCUCGACCUCCUCGUCCUCUUCGACCACUCGACGCGGCCGCGGUCGCCGGCGCAAAAUCGCACGACAUGUCCAUGAACGACCGGCAGAACAGAAAGGUGUCGCUGCGGCGGUACCGCGCCGCGAGCGCGUCCAUCAUGCGCGUCCUUGCCUCCGCGUGUCCCCGCGUCGAGAAAGCUUCCAUCGACGAGGCGUACCUCGACGUCACCGCGGAAGUGGACGAGAUCACGCGCGUCGGUGGCGACGCGCUGACCUCCGCGAUCGAGCGCGGCGUCGCCGAGAGCGGCGUCGUCGAGCCGCCGGACGUGCUCGCCAGCGACGUGGACAGACGGCUGGCCGUCGGCGCGAGCGUGUGCGCGGACGUUCGAAGGGCGGUGUUUGAAAAACUCGGAUACACAGUCAGCGGCGGCGUCGCGCACAACAAGGGCGGGUUCACCGCGGCGACGCUGUCGAAGUUGACCCACGAGGCGCUCACGAGCGCGGGGUUUGAACCCAAGACCGUGGCGUGGUUGACGCGCGUGUCCAGAGGCGAGGACGCGGAGCCCGUGACGCCGAACGCGUGCGACGGCGUCAAGAGCAUCAACGCGUUUAAAUCGUUCCAGCCUCUGACGGACAGGCGACGCGUGCACUCGUGGCUGAGCGCGCUGUCCAGUGAGUUGACCGCGCGGUUGAUCGAAGACCGCGCGACGCAGCGAAGGACGCCGCGGAGUUUGAAGCUGGAGUACAGGGCGAAUCACUUCCGCGAGAGCGACAUGCAGUCCAAGUCGUUGCGGUUCCCCGCGGCGGCGACGGCGGCGCUCGAGCGCGCGGAGAAGGCGGAGAAGGCGGCCGCCACGUCAGCAGCCGCCACGUCAGCAGCCGCCACGUCAGUAUCCGGCGGCGCGGUCGACCCCGACGCGGCGCGGGAGAAGGAGAAGGAGAAGACGGCGAUAAGAGCGCACGCGGAGACCGCCGCCGCGGAGGUGGCGGCGGCGGCGAUGGCGGCGUUCGAUAAAGCCUGCCCCGGCGCGUUGCCGUGCACGCGGAUCGGCCUCGCGGCGUUCGACUUCACGCCGCUGCCGCGGGAGGGGGGCGGGAUCGCGAGGUUCUUCGGGAAGACCGCCGCGGAACCGGGACAGGGACAGGAACGCGCGGGAGGAGGAGGAGGCGCGACGACGACCGCGCCGCCGCCCGCCGCGAAACCGGAACCGAAGCGCGGGUUGAAGGCGUUCUUUCGACCCGACCCGGUCGACGACGGCGUCGACGCCGCGCGGGAGGACGUGGACGACGACGUGGACGACGACGUGGACGACGACGACGACGAUGACGACGACGACGACGCCGCGGGGAUUCUGAGCUCUGCGAGAGCGAACGACGUGGAAGACGGAACGUCGACCGGCGCCGGCGCCGGCGGCGGCGCGGCGACGUGCCCUCGCUGCGGCGCGACGCAUCUCGCCGGGAGCAGAGCGCAACAGGAGCACGACGACCAUCACAUGGCGGAAGACCUCUCCAUAGGCAUUAACGGCAGUAGCGGUGGCGUUACGACGAGCGCGUCAGGAGGAGGAAGAAUAGGAAACGGAAACGCGCGGGGGAGAGUCGCCGGAGUCGCCGGGAAGAGAAAAAAAAACGCGUCGAGCGUCGCCGCCAAGCCGAUGACGUCGUUCUUCGCGAAGAAGCCGUAGUGUAGGGCGAGCUCGCGUGAGGACCGCGCGCGUACACGUAGUAUCGAUCAAUCAUCAUAGACCCUAAGUAGUCGCUAAAA